GCAUGCGCAGCGUAGUGUUGCUAUAGCAGCAGAUCAAGCAAAGACGGAGGAUCGGGCAAAGGAAUAAUUUGCGACAAACUUGUAGCCAAAAUGAUUCCACCAAACGCAUCUUUAGUCAAGUAUGACAACCCAGUCCUUGUCAGUAGGAACACAGACAAGAAGACACCACGGGCUAGAGCAUUGAAGGUGAGUCCUGGUACCUCCACAGCAACAGGCCCUGUCCCAAACCCACCUGGCAAACAGAAGCCAACAUCAGUAGAUGCUAAAGCUGCACAACAAACAGAUGAAAUCCUAAACUCCAUCUUACCACCAAGAGAAUGGACAGAGGGUGGUCAAUUGUGGGUCCAACAGGUGUCAAGUACUCCAGCAACACGUCUAGAUGUUGUCAAUCUACAGGAAGAACUUGACAGACGGUUGCAGCAGAGGCAAGCAAGAGAGACCGGUAUCUGUCCCGUACGGAGAGAGCUAUAUUCACAAUGUUUUGAUGAGCUGAUCCGACAGGUGACCAUCAACUGUGCGGAACGUGGCCUCCUCCUCCUCCGUGUACGAGAUGAGAUCCGGAUGACGAUAGCAGCCUACCAAACAUUGUAUGAAAGCAGUGUGGCUUUUGGUAUGAGAAAAGCUCUCCAAGCAGAACAAGGAAAGGCUGACAUGGAGAAAAGGAUUACAGAAUUGGAAAAUGAAAAGCGUGAUCUUGAACGAAAUGUGAAUGAGUUGAAGGGCAAAUGUGAACAGAUUGAAAAGCGUGCUCAGGAACAGAGACAAGUAGAGGAGAAGAAACAUACAGAGGAGAUGCAGUUCCUCAAGAGAACCAAUCAGCAACUCAAGACUCAGCUAGAGGGAAUCAUUGCUCCAAAGAAGUAAAUGUUGAAAGUGGAAGAACAAUAACAUAAUUCUAUGAAAAUAACUUUGCAGAGUGAAACAACUCCAAGGAAAUGUUCAUUAUUUCCAUAUUUCAGAGGAUCGUUCAAAUCCAUCUGUCCGUCCAAAUAAUUGAGAUGAAUAUUCCACUCCGUCCAUCAUGAAUCAUACAUUAGCGAUGGAAAACCUCACAUUUCUAUGGCCGAUUUUCAUAUACUGCUGAACACAAGAUGACUGGUGUCUUCAAUGUGAUAUUAGCAAUACAAUGUUAUUUUUAG